GAUAAACAUUUCAGUUCGAUGUGGUAGAUAGACAACAACUUUUAUUAUUAUUUUUAUUUAGUUGACAAAAUACUCUCUUCUAAUGUGGUCGUUCAGACGCAGUUGCCGGUUGGUCGAGUAAAGAAAAAAUAACAAAUUGUUUUGUAAUCAUCACAAAUACUAUGCACGUAAAUAUUUUAAAGAUUUAAAUAAAAAAAUAAAAACAAAUUGUUAUCAAAACAUCCAGCUCAGACAACAGGCAUAAACAAUACACAAGUCGAAGAGCAGGAGAAGGAGUAUUAAGUUAAUAUUUAAACAUUUGUUAAAGCGUAUUUUAUAUUAUUGCUAUAAAUAUUAAAAAAUUGUCCAAAAAAACUUGAAAAAUGUCUUCUUUUCUACAACGUGGCCUAAAAAUUAAAACAGCUGACAUUUGCAGCAAAUUACCCUCUUCAUCAUCAUUAUUUUCUUUAACAACAAGUGGCAGUUACUUUUUUUCCACCAAAUCAACUUUAAAACUACAACCCGUUCAUAAACCAACAACAACAACAACAACACAGCAAGAGCAUGACCAUACAAAGACCAAUGUACUUCCUCCGAUAACCCCUAACCUCCUAAAAAAUUCAACAUUAACAGAUAGAUUUGGACGUUAUCAUACAUAUUUGAGAAUUUCAUUAACCGAACGUUGCAAUUUACGCUGUAAAUACUGUAUGCCGGCUGAAGGUGUUCCGCUGCAACAAAAAACCAAUCUUUUGACUACAGAAGAAAUUUACUAUUUAGCCCGUUUAUUUGUGGAACAGGGUGUACGAAAAAUACGUUUAACCGGAGGAGAGCCCACAGUACGAAAAGAUAUUGUUGAAAUUAUAGCCAAACUUAAGCAAAUACCAAAGUUAGAAAAUGUAGGCAUUACCACAAAUGCCUUAGUGUUAACACGACUAUUGGUGCCCAUGCAAAAAGCCGGCCUAGAUGCCAUCAACAUUAGUUUGGAUACGUUAAAGCCAAAACGUUUCGAAGAGAUAACACGGCGUCGUGGUUGGGAACGUGUUAUAGCCGGCAUAGAUUUAGCCAUACAAUUGGGCUAUAAACCCAAAAUAAAUUGUGUUCUCAUGCGCAAUUUCAAUGAGGAUGAAAUUUGUGAUUUUGUUGAGUUUACCCGGGAUCGUAAUGUGGAUAUACGUUUUAUAGAAUACAUGCCCUUUAUGGGUAAUAAAUGGCAAACGGAUAAAUUAUUAAGCUAUCAAGAUACGUUGAAAAUCAUACGUGAUAAAUGGCCAGAAUUUGAGGCUUUGGAAAAUGGUCCUAAUGAUACGUCUAAAGCUUAUAAAGUGCCCGGCUAUCAGGGUCAAGUGGGUUUCAUUACAUCGAUGACAGAGCAUUUUUGUGGCUCCUGCAAUCGUUUACGUUUGACAGCAGAUGGUAAUUUGAAAGUGUGUCUUUUUGGCAAUAAAGAAAUAUCCCUAAGAGAUGCCAUUAGAAGUAAAUGCUCCGAGGAUGAUUUAGUAGCAUUGAUAUCGGCGGCUGUUAAAAGGAAAAAGAAACAACAUGCAGGCAUGUUAAAUCUGUCACAAAUGGAAAAUCGUCCAAUGAUCUUAAUUGGUGGAUAAAACUAAACAUCCGCACAUAAGCUAUUUCCAUUAAUUCUCAUCACCAUCAUUUAAAAAUGGUCAAUAUAGUAACACCAUUAUCAUCAUCCUUAACUAAUACAAUGUUAUUGGCAAACACCUUCAACAGCAACCAACACAGAGUAGUUGUCUUACCAGCACAUAACUACUGCACUGAUCGUAAAAAUCUUACCCAUGUAGAUGCUACCACCGGUAAAGCGUCUAUGGUUGAUGUAUCGGAAAAGCCAGUAACAACACGUGAUGCCCAAGCAAUGGCUCAGAUCUAUGUAGGUCCUGCUGUUGCCCAACUCAUACACUCGAACAAUCUUAAGAAAGGAGAUGUCUUAAGUGUAGCUCAAUUGGCUGGAAUUUUAGGUGCUAAAAAGACCUCCGAUCUAAUACCUUUAUGUCAUAAUAUCACCAUAUCAUCGGUUAAAGUAAAUGCUAAAUUGGAUUUAGAAAAUCAUAUAGUUGUAUUAGAUGCAACGGUACGUUGCUGCGGUCAAACGGGGGUUGAAAUGGAAGCUUUAACUGCAGUUUCGGUGGCUGCUCUCACCGUUUACGAUAUGUGUAAAGCGAUUACGCACGAUAUGAUUAUAAAGGAAAUAAAAUUAAUAUCUAAGUCUGGUGGUCAACGAGGUGAUUUUAGGAGGAGUUAAGUUUAAGAAUACAUAUAAUUUAUUAAUAGAAUGUUUGUUUUUUAUAUUUAAAAAAUAAAAUGGAAUGAAGUAAAAGAGUGAGUGGCCUGUAGA